ACUAGAAGAAUUAAUCAACAUCUAGGUCUUGUACUCAUUUUACAGCUAGCUAUAAUAAUAAUAUUUCCCCUUUUUCUUAGCCUCCAACCACAACAGCAUUGUUAGCAGAGUGAGGAACAACAACAACAACAAUGGUGGUUAAAGAACCUGAAUCUCUGUUACAUGUUGGAAAUGCUGUUUUUGAUGAGAAAAUACACCAACAACCUUAUACUCAUUUCGAUCCAAGUGCUCCUCCACCUUUUAAGAUUGCAGAAAUUCGUGCUGCAAUUCCAAAACAUUGUUGGGUCAAAAAUCCAUGGAGGUCUCUUAGUUACCUUCUUAGAGAUUUCUUCAUUAUCACUACAUUCAUAGCUGCUGCUAUUCAUUUCAAUUCUUGGUUCUUUUGGCCAAUCUAUUGGGUUGCUCAAGGAACAAUGUUUUGGGCUCUUUUUGUUCUUGGACAUGAUUGUGGCCAUGGAAGCUUUUCCAAUAGUCCUAAGUUGAAUAGUUUUGUGGGCCAUAUCUUGCACUCAUCAAUUCUUGUACCAUACCAUGGAUGGAGAAUCAGCCAUAGAACUCACCAUCAAAACCAUGGACAUGUUGAGAAAGAUGAAUCAUGGGUUCCUCUUACAGAGAAGAUGUACAAGAAUUUAGACAACAUGACAAAAACAAUGAGAUUUACUUCUCCUUUUCCAAUCUUUGCAUACCCUUUUUAUUUGUGGAAUAGAAGCCCUGGCAAGGAAGGUUCACACUUCAAUCCUUACAGCCAAUUGUUCACACCAAGUGAAAGAAAAGAUGUGUUAACUUCAACUCUUUGUUGGGGUAUCAUGUUUUGUGUGCUUAUUUAUUUAUCCUUAAUAAAGGGUCCAAUUUCUAUGUUCAAACUCUAUGGAGUUCCAUAUUGGAUCUUCAUCAUGUGGCUAGACUUUGUCACAUAUAUGCAUCACCAUGGUUACAAACAGAAACUACCCUGGUAUCGUGGCAAGGAAUGGGACUAUCUAAGGGGUGGUCUAACAACAGUGGAUCGUGACUAUGGUUGGGUUAACAACAUUCAUCAUGAUAUUGGCACCCAUGUUAUUCAUCAUCUUUUUCCUCAAAUUCCCCAUUAUCAUUUGGUUGAAGCGACACAAGCAGCAAAGCCAGUACUUGGAAAUUAUUAUCGUGAGCCAGAGAAAUCUGGGCCGUUCCCAUUCCAUCUAUUAAAGUACUUCCAGCAAAGCAUGAGCCAGGACCACUUCGUAAGCGAUUCCGGAGACAUCGUGUUCUACCAAACAGAUCCUAAGCUCCACGAAAAUACUUGGACCAAGUCUGAGUAACAUUUUUGUGCUCAAUUUAUUUGUGCCGUUCAAAUAUUUCUUAACUUACUUACAAUGUUUUACCAUAGCUCACCGAAUGAAUUAGGUGAUUGAUAUCUAUAAGAUUUUGUUUAUUAUGCAUGUUAGAAAUGCACUUAUUUUUCAAUAAUCCAUUAUUUUUGAAGUUACUUUUAUAAAAUGCUUAUAUUUCUCUAUAUUCAUCAAUUAGGUGGUUUGACAUGUAAUCGUUCCUAGAAAAUUAAUGGUCUUGUAAUGAGAAUAUAGAAGGGGAUUUUAUUAUAUGUAUUGUAAGAGUGAAAAA